AUUGCCUGUGCUGGCCCCUUUGUGCAGACAGCAGCUGAUGGAACCUCAGUGGGCGCCCCAGAGGACGGCGCCGCCUCACAGCAGCCCCUGCUGGUCACUCAGGGCACCAAGUUCGAGGGCUGCAUCAUCCUCUUCAUGCUGCUCUACUUCUUCUCCAUGGCCGGCCACAUCUGGUGGGUGGUGCUGACUGUGACCUGGUACCUGGCCGCCAAGUGUCACUGGGCGCAUGAGGCCAUCUUUCGGAACGCCCAGUACCUGCACUUUGCCGCCUGGGCCAUCCCCGCGGCCAUGACCAUCUGCAUUCUGGCCAUGGGCAAGGUGGACGGGGACCCGCUGUCGGGCGUCUGUUUCACCGGUCUCACAGACCCCAUGAUCGUGCGCAGCUUCCUCAUUGUCCCACUGUGCCUCUGCCUGCUGGUGGGUGGCUGUUUCCUCAUUGCCGGCUUCGUCUCCCUCUUCAAGAUACGCACCAUCAUAAAGACGGGCGGCUCCAAGACGGACGACCUGGAGAAGCUGAUUGUCCGUAUUGGCGUCUUCAGUCUGCUCUACGUCCUACCGGCCGGCGUUGUGAUUGGUUGCUACAUUUACGAGUCACGUAAGAUGGACCAAUGGAUGCUGACCUGGUACAUCAAUGAGGUCUGCCGGAACUUUGAUCCCCGCAGGCUCACCGAGUCAGUGUGUCUCACUCAGUUGCAUAAACUCAUGGAUUCCGGGGCCCUGCAUCGUCCAGCCGACCUCCACACCAGUCCUCUGAUAUCAGCACGCGGCGAGCCCCUGCUAAACCGUCUUGAGAAGCCCGUCUUUGAGCUCUUUAUGAUGAAGUACCUGAUGAACCUAAUUGUGGGCAUUACAAGCGGUAUCUGGAUAUGGAGUGGCAAGACUCUGGUCUCCUGGCAUACCUUCUUUGCACGCCUGUGUCGUCGGCCGUUGCCAGCUGCAGCGGUCGCCAAC